ACGGUUUCUGUGACGUGCUUAAAUUAAGAAGAAAAUAUUUUCCUGUUGUAUGUACUUUUUCCACCCUACCAAAAAUAUAUAAAUUAGGCCAAAAUUAAUGCAAAUCACUUUGAUGAUUACACUCCGGACUGUGACUAAACAACUCAAUUAAAGAAAAUGCCUCGGCUAAUUCAGGGUGUGCUCAUCUUCAUCAUUUUUACAAGUUGCACAGCUUUUGCUAACAAUUAUCGCCGUCCUAGCAAGAUAACAACAAACUGCUGCACAUCUGUUUCUGCUGCUAAGGUUCCAUAUACCAUAAAGGGGUGUAGGCAACAGAAUGCUUUGGGUCCAUGUGUGCAAGCAGUUAUAUUUUACACUAAAGAAACUGGUUCAUUCUGUGCAGACCCCAAGGCUCCAUGGGUGAAACAAAAAGUCAGAAUGUUUCGGAAUAAAAAGGCUAAGUCUGGUAAAACAACCUCUUCACCUCGUUGAAGAUCUUAUCAAUUCUUCAUGCCACAAAAUCAAUAUAUUUAACAGCCUUGCUGUGCUUACCAGAAGACUUUUUCAGUUCUUAGUGACUCAUUAGUUAAGCAAGCCUGUAUUUUCCAAAUGGACUUUUUUGCGUUUUGCACAUGUCACAUUGACAUCUUAUCUGUCCUCAUUUCGAAUAUAUUCUUAUAUUAAAACAUUCCUAAAGCAAACUUUUAUUUCUAAUUUAAAAAAUGAAAUGAUUUAGAGCGAAUAUGUAACUGGCUAUAAAUGUUUUGAUCUCAGUUAAUUUACUGGGCUUUCCUCCUAGGCUUAUAAUGACAUUAUUCUAAUCAGUGUUGCAAAUCUAGUCUAAGUCACAGCUUUGGCUACAAGGUCUUACAACACAUAUGACCUGGGUUUGGAAAAGUACUUCAUGCAUGCAAACAUUAGGUAGCAAGUUCACAUGCUGAAUAAAACACUAAUUCUUGAAUUAUUUGUGAAAAAAAUGUAAAAAGGUCUAAGUGCAUUUUCUUAUCCCAAUAAUUAAUAUUUUUAUUGCUCUCUAAAUGCUUUCUUGUGAUAUUGUGUUUUUGUACUCUGUCUAUAUUUAUUUUUUUUUUAGUAUUAUUUUGCUUUCGGGGGGUGUUGGGGGUGUCAGGCUAUCCAGUUGUUUCUUGGACCUCCAGAGACCAGGCACAGAUAUGACAUGAAUUUUAUAAGAGAAAAGAGGGGGCUAUUUACAGCAUCACUGCCUGACAGUAAUAGGUCCACAAGAACAUACUGGGAGACCCUCCUAUUUAUACAGUGUAUGUCAGUUAUUAGUAUAUAGUGCCUUUCAUAUGCACAACAUCUCAAGGUGUCUUUCAAAAUGUUCAAGAAUAUAAUUCAAAACAAUGAGAUUAAUUAAGAGGCACAGUGGCUUAGCAGUUAAUACCACUGCUUCAGAGCGCCGGAGACUGGUUUUAAAUCUCAGCUUAGUUUUUCCAAUAUAGCAUUUGCAUGCUAUCCUUGUGCCUAUGUUGAUUUUACUAACUAUUUCUUUUUCCUCCCACGUUCCAAUGAUGUGAAGAUUUAGCUAAUUGGGGUUUGCAAUUUAGUCUAAUGGAUGUAUGGAGAUAAAAAAAAGUAUAAGGGCAUACAGGUACAUGAUAAGAUAAAGAAAUGCAAACAAUUUCCAACCUAAACCAGCCUGCAAUAAUGCAUUACAGUAAUUUGAAAAAUAGGAAAUUACCAUUAGCAUGGUGCACUCAGUAACAAAACUGCAUGGAUUUAGUUUUUUACUGAAACAGUAAAAUGUGCACAUGAGAAAUAUUUUAUGCAACAGAGAGAAAAAGAGGGAUUUUUCUAGCAUGCUUUGAAUGUUAGCAUAGAUAGCACUACACCAUGGAGUCAGCUAUAUCACCCCUAGUACAUGGAUGGGAAACAAGUCACCAAGUGGUGGAAAAGAUAAUGGACUCUGGCUAUUAAUGUAAUAAUAUAAGUAAUGUAUAUAAUGCUUUAACCUAUUAUAAUUAAUGUAAAGAAGAAUAAUGCAGCAAUUCUGAGCCUAUUUAAUAAGAAAUGUCCAAGAAACCUUUGCGAAGACAGUCAUUUGGACUUACAGACCGAGAGAGCUGAGAACGCGAUCAUCAUUGCUCCACCAGAAAUUUCUAUCAGUCUGAUAGCCGAUCAAAAGUU